AUGGAAUGGCCAGUCAGCCAUUAACGGUAGUGUUCCUAAAGUUUACUUUUACUCCAUCCGAAGGCUAGUGGUAAUAUAGAAUUCCCGCCAAGACAAGAUCACAAGACCCAAGAUCGCCGGCGGCUUCUGGAUCGCUAGCAGUGGCGGGCUGGCGGCCACCCCGAUGCCGAACUAAACUUCCCAUCCCAUCCCGCGGCGAGAGGAGAGGAACUCGGACGGAUGGGGCCGGCGGCGUGGGAGCGGCGGCGGACGCUGGUGCUGGUGAACCUGGCGUCCAUCAUGGAGUGCGCCGACGAAGCGCUGCUGCCGGCGGUGUACCGGGAGGUCGGCGCCGCGCUCCAUGCGACGCCCGCGGGGCUAGGCGCUCUGACACUGUGCCGCUCCAUCGUGCAGGCCGCCUGCUACCCGCUGGCCGCCUACGCCGCGGCGCGCCACAACCGCGCCCACGUCAUCGCCGUCGGAGCCUUCCUGUGGGCCGCCGCCACGUUCUUCGUCGGCGUGUCGGAUACCUUCCUACAGGUUGCGAUCUCACGCGGCCUGAACGGGAUUGGCCUAGCUCUGGUGGUGCCAUCGGUCCAGUCCCUGGUCGCCGACUCCACCGAGGAGGGCAGGCGCGGCACGGCGUUCGGGUGGCUGCAGCUCGCCAGCAGCCUCGGGUCCAUCUCUGGCGGUUUCGUCGGCCUGCUCCUGGCGCAGACCACGGUUCUCGGCGUCGCCGGCUGGCGUGUCGCGUUCCACCUCGUGGCGGCUAUCAGCGUUGCGGUCGGGGCCCUGAACUGGUUCCUCGCCGUGGAUCCCCAUUUCACGACGAGCGAGAAAGUUGGCGUCCCGGCGGUCGGCAAGCGGCCUGCCACCGCGCGGCAGGUGGUGGCGGAGAUGAUCGAGGAUUCCAAGUUCGUGGUGCGGAUCCCGACGUUCCAGAUCUUCGUGGCGCAGGGGGUCAGUGGCUCGUUCUCGUGGUCGGCACUGUCCUUCGGGUCGAUGUGGCUGGAGCUGAUCGGGUUCAGCCACGCUGACACCGCCGUGCUCAUGACCAUCUUCUGGGUGGCCUGCUCCCUCGGCGGACUGCUCGGCGGAAAGAUGGGCGACGCCCUCGCCGUACGGUACCCAGACGCCGGCAGGAUCGUCCUGUCUCAGAUCAGCGCCGGCUCGGCAGUUCCCUUGGCCGCCGUGCUGCUGCUGGGGCUCCCCGAGGACCCGUCUGCCGGAGUUGCCUACGGCGUCGUCCUGUUCGUCACUGGCGUCCUCAUCUCCUGGAACGGACCUGCCACAAACUUCCCUAUCAUGGCGGAGAUCGUCCCAGAGAAAUCAAGAACUAGCAUAUAUGCCCUGGACGGGACAUUCGAGUCAGUGCUGGCGUCCUUCGCGCCUCCCAUCGUGGGACUCCUAGCUCAACGUGUGUUCGGCUACAAUCCAGACGACAAGGGGAAGAGCGUUCAACGGGAUCGGCAGAACGCGGCUUCCCUGGCCAAGGCCUUGUACACGUCCACAGCGAUACCAUUCAUAGUCUGCACCUCCAUAUACUCGUUCUUGUACUGCAGCUACCCCAGGGACAGGGACCGUGCGCGCAUGCAGUCUUUAGUGGAAUCGGAGUUGCGACAAAUGGAGGAGCAAGGAACUUCUUGCCUGGAAGACGGUAAUGGACAUCGGGACGAUGGUCAACUAGAUGGAGUUACCUGUGACAGUAAGGAGCUGGGUGAUGAGGCCGAGAUGGAUACUGUAAGAUUGUUGGCAGACCGUGAACCGUGAGAUGAGCAAGAAGAUUGCACAUUUUAAGAUUAAAUUAAUUACUAAAGCAAAAUAUUGGAUAAGUUAAUAAAACACGCUCACGUAGCAGAUUAAAUUUGUCUUGAAGUUGAACGCAUCUAACGUAAGCACAUAUGAUAAACUCAUUAUUACUCACAUCAUUAGAUGUUGCACUCAGUGAGUAGUCUUAUGAUCGUUGCCAAAAAACCUAAUUCGCUCAAACUCGUGCAGGUUCUUUAGUGGAGCGAAGUUUUGGAGACACUACUCUCUCUACCAUUGUUAA